AUGAAUGAUGAACGCUAUUUUAUUGAUAAAACAGCAUUGGACAAUAAAUAUCUUAUACUUAUUGACGAUAUUAGAAUAACCGGUAUGCACGAAAAAAAUCUUGUUGAUUUACUUACUAAAUCAACAAUUCGAAAUAGUCGAAUAUUUCUCUAUUAUGCUGAAUUAGUCAAUGAUAAUAUUCCGUCAUCAUUUGAACAUGAACUCAAUACGUGUUAUGUUAAAUCUUUAUCAAAUAUUUUG